UUUCGGCCUCAUGCAAGUUCGGACAAUUUGAGCAUAAGCGAGGCUGGCCCAGCUAUAGAUCAGCGCAUGGAAAGGCGCCGCUCGACACUCCCUGGGCCCGAUCGAAAGAGAAGACUCGUAAAUCCGGAUGUGCUUGUUGGUCCGAGACGUGCGGAACUAGUCAUGGAGGCUGGAUCAAGUAGUAGAGCGGAAACGGAUAGCAGGUCUAUCCCACGGUUAUCAUCGUCGCAUACGGAACUUAAUUCUAACAUUCCCGGUUCCUCCUAUGAUACUGCUAUCAACUUAUCUUCGUCCCCGCCUGAGCCUCGCUCCCAGAGACCCCCGCUACGGCCGUCUGACCCUCGCCGGAGUUCAUGGUCUCGCGGCGGAAACCAGUAUCUGGAGUAUAUCCGACCGCAGUGGCAGCCAGAUUCGGAGGUGACGGAAUGUCCUAUCUGUGGAACGGCGUUUAGCUUUUGGUAUAGGAAACACCACUGUCGAAAGUGUGGCCGAGUCGUGUGUGCCUCGUGCUCACCUCAUCGGAUUACGAUCCCGCGGCAGUAUAUUGUUCACCCUCCCGAUGUCCAACGAUCACACGUUGUCUCUGCUCUUGGAUACCAGCAUGCCGCGAACGUUGUCGAUUCAGAAGGUGAUGCCACUCUGCCACCCGCCACUCUUAACCCGGCCCUUGGGGGUGGAGAGGAAGUAAGGCUUUGCAAUCCUUGUGUGCCGGACCCAAAUCCCGAACCCCCUCUUGGAUAUCCUGCUGUGCGGGCUCCGGGUGAUAUUGGGUCUGAGGCGGGCUGGCCAAGAGGGUCCUGCGUGGUUCAGCAGCCCUCGUCCCGGCAUCGGUCCUAUCAUUCACUGUCGACCCCUGGCCGGCAGCAUCCAUACGCCGCAAUUCCCGACUCCUUUACAGGUCGCCCAGGACGCAGGACUGUAGGGUCGAGCGACUACCCUGCCUUCAGUGGUUUUGGAAGCGCGUAUGGCUCGACAUUCCAAGAGCGUCCAUUAAAUUACGGAUCUCUGCCCAGCUCUCGUUUUGUCGCCCCGCCUUUAAGCGCACCUAGACAGUCGAUCUAUUAUCCGCAUGCUGGAGCGUCCAGCUCGCCACCUGGUCCAUCUUCAUUAAGUAGAUCUCGUGGUUCGCGCGGGUCCCACUCACGCCAUUCCCAGCAGAUUGACGAAUGUGAUCUUUGCCCUAUAUGUGACAAUCAGCUACCACCCCUCGGGGCUCACGGGAAUGAAGAUUCCCGAGAAGCCCAUAUUCGCAAUUGUAUAGAGAACCACGGCCGCCCAGGCAGUGGUAGCCCAAUUUCGCAAUCUCCUCAUCCCGUUCGAAUGCUUGUAUAUACAGCAACAGAAAAGGAUUGCAUCGGGCAGGACGGGACGGAGCAAGAAUGCACCAUAUGCAUGGAAGAGUACGAGGUCGGCCAGUCCCUGGUACGCCUGGAGUGCUUAUGCAAAUUUCACAAGCGGUGCAUUGUGGAGUGGUUCGAGCGGAAGAAAGAGUGUCCUGUGCACAAGGCGUCUUGA